GACGGUUGUGAUAUGAGGAAGAUUGUGACUGCUAUUUCCAAACCAAUCGAACGGCCUCGGUGGUUCCUACGUGCACAAGAUGCAAAGGAAACGAAUUAGGUGAGGGCGGGAGACGAUGAAAUAUAAAAGAAACGACUGCAGGAACAGUGUGAGAAAGCAAGUUGACAUGUAAGAGGUAUAUUUAUGAGCAGAAAAGUAAACGAGGAAACAAUAAAACAGCAGCAGAAACGCUGUACGUGUGUCAGUAUAUCAUGUCGAACAGCAGUUCUUGUUGAAGUUAGGAAUUUAAAACAGCAACUUACUUAAAUUGCACACGUGGGUUUAUAAUAUAUGUACGUGGAUCAAUUAUAUACAAUUUAUAUACGCACUGGGAGAAAAGAUAGGCCGAGACUUAACCUGCCUGAAACGCCUGGAUAAAUACUUCAUGAAAUAAUUCGUUAAAAAAAUUCCGAUUUAAACAAAUAAUGGUUAAAAAUAAUUCAUCGGAAAUAGUAAACAUUUCUCCAUUAUUUAAACUUCAUUAAUCAGGGAACAAAUUCGGCACCUGGCAAUAUUCUAAAAUCGCUUUAUUUAAAAACACAGCUGGUUCUUGUGAAAUAGUUUGCAAUAAUAAUAGAGAAAAGGAAAGAAAAUACAUAUUUCAGUUAGUAAUGAUUACAAAAUUAAUUUAUCGGAAAUAUUAAAACAUUCUGUUUAAUUAUUUAAUUUGCACUUAAUUACAAGCUGGUUGUGUAAAAAAAAAAAAAAAAUUGUGUUAUCGACUUAAACAGGGAACGAACUCGGCACCUGGCAGCUAACUAAAUUUGCUUCAUUACAUGAUAUGGCUGGUUAUCUUUAACGCUUUCAUUUAUCUAAUUUUUGAACUAAUUAUUUUAUCUGUUCAGUCUGAACAGUUACCAUAUUCCAAACACCAAAAAGAAUAACAGGGAUGGAGUGCCACUAGCCUUAUUGUUUAUCUCUUCAGCUUUACUAUGCCUCUUUCACAUUUUAACUUCAAAUACUCAACAUGGCGUGGAAUUUCCGUUAUUUUAGGCGGUAUAAUUGUACAUUUGGCUCUGGGAAGCAGCUAUAUUAUCGGAAAUUUUUCCACCUAUUUCAUUUCAUAUAUGCGUAUGCGUAAAAUCUCCCCGGACAUUCAGUAUACUGAUACCAUCUGGAUUGUGUCAGUUGGCACUAUUACUACUGGGUUCACAAUGUUUUUGUCUGGGAUCUUGGAGAAGCGACUUGGUUCCAGAAUUACCAUACUAUUAGCAGGUUGGCUCAUGAGUGGUGGCUUGGCUCUGACGUAUUUGAGCAUCAAGAAGUCCUUCCUGAUGCUGCUAUUUUCUUAUGGAUUUCUCUAUGGAAUCGGUAAUUCUAUAGCUUAUCCUGUCAGCAUCAACUGUGUCAUGAAGUGGUUCCCCAAAAAAGAGGGCACUGUUGCUGGAAUCGUACUGACAGGUUAUGGAGUAGCUUCAUUUAUCUGGAAUCCUUUUAUUACCCUUUACAUCAAUCCUGAAAACGAAAUCCCUGACUUCCAUAUUGAUGGAGAAGAUUAUUUCUCUCAGAAAGAGCUCCUUGAUCGGAUACCAAACUGCUUCUUAGUUCUGGGAAUUAUUUUCUCCAUUUUCACCUUUGUUGGUGGCAUGUUAAACUGCACACCACCCUCAGAAGAGAAGAUCCCUGAUACCAUCUUGCUACCAUUAACCAAAAAUGCUAAUUAUGAUGAAAAUGAAGAGGAAGAAGAUGAGGAUGAAGAGCAUAUAGAAUACGACCGGCAGUUAAUUCAGAAGCCUGAAACUAAGAAGGAAUCAGAAGAGAGAGAAAUAACACCAAAAAUGGCAUUAAAGACACGGCAGUUCUACCUCCUCUGGUUGAUAUUGCUCUUCUUAAACCAAAGCACAGAUUUCUUCUCAUCAUUAUACAAGGCCUAUGGUCAGACAUUUAUUCACGAUGAUUAUUUUCUCGCUAUGACUGGUGCUCUGGGAAGCGUUGGUAAUGCUAUCUCCAGACUAAUGUGGGGAUUUAUUGGUGAUAAAAUAUCUUUCAAGUGGGCCAUGCUGAUCUUGUCAAUUAUUCUCGCAGUUUUGCUGUGUAGUUUAAGCCUGACUGAACUGGGAGGCAAGUAUAUGUACAGUCUAUGGGUCGUUCUUUUAUACCUCACAUUUCCUGGUACCUUUGCUCUAUUACCAGCAGCAACACAUCGCUAUUUUGGAAAGAGAUAUUAUUUAAUCAUUUAUGGAAUGCUGUUCUCUACACAUAUAGUUAGUGGUUCAGUUGGAUGUUUACUUGCAAUCAAACUGAAACCAAUUCUUGAAUGGCAUGGAAUGUUCCUUCUCUCUGGUGCUAUGGCAGCUGUUUGUAUGCUGUUCACUCUAUUGUACAAUGAGAAAUGCAAAGAGAAGUAAAAUUAUCAGAAAAUUCUCUCCUCAUUCCAAUCAUUCUCUAACAUCUGCCAGUAUGUUAAAAUCUGGUAUGCUAUAUGUAACCUAAUAAUGGAUUCCUCGUUAGGGUGAUGUAAUCAUGUAUAUUGAGGUUAUUUAAAAACUGGAAAAAAAAACCCUACUUGAGCCAGGGAAGAGAAAAAUGGUGAAAAUUAAAAUUGUGACAAUCUCCCAUGAUAUUCAUGAGAUUAUUAAAACAUAUACAAUUGAGAAUGAAACUAGACGGUGCACAGAACUGGGAUUAGUUAACACAUAACAGGCUGAGACGAAUAUAAUGAAAAAAUAAAAUAUCAUGACUAAUUUAAUCUUAAAGAAGUUUUAAUUUUGUGGAGCUGUGAUCAGAUAACCAAAAUUACAACUACAAUUCAAUAUUGACUGAUAAAUCUAAUUCCUGUGUUGGUUUCAUCUUAGUUUAUGAAUUGUAUGUACAAUAAACUUCAUUAAAUUUAUUUUUUUGAGUUUCAA